CCCCAGCAAGGAGGAAUUUUCCAGGCCUAAAUUCAUCUCCUACCAGCAACAGCCCUUUUUCCAAGUUUGGAAAACACUGGAAGACUGGAAAUUGCAACAGCAUGAAAGAGAAAGCAGAAUCGAGCAAGGAAGACGGGAAAGGUGACACCAUGUCUGUGAUAUACAGUGAGGUGGCUGCUGAUGAGCCAACUACCAACAGCUUCUGGAUGCCCAGUCACUACCAGAGCACUGUCAAACGUCUGGAUGAUGGGUACCGUGUCUGUGACCAGAUUGUAGCCUGUUUCCAGGAACGGGCAAAGAUUGAACGUAGCUAUGCUCUGAUGAUGGAUGAAUGGAGUCGCAAGUGGAGGCCCCUGGUUGACGCAAGCCCGGUAUAUGGUUCCCUACUUCGGGCGUGGCAAGCUUUCCUGGGGGCUUCUGAGCGGUUAAGCCGGCUACACAUGGAGAUGCAAAGGGCUUUGGUCUCUGAGGAUGCUGGAACCAUCCGAUCCUGGCAGCACAACUCUUAUCACCGCAAGCUCUUUGGGGGCUUCAAGGAGUCUUGUGAACUAGAAAAUGGUUUCCACCGGGCUCAGAAACCCUGGACUAAGAAGCUGAAGAAGACAGAGAAGGCCAAAGCUCUGUAUCACAAGGCCUGUCGCAAAGAGCACAUUGCAACACUGAGGGAGAAUGGAAUUCAGGCAGCAUCAGGGAUUGAAGUUUCUCCAGAUCGGCAACGUGCUUUGCGGGAAGAACAUCAACGUUGUAGCCAAGAAACCAUCAAGAUCCGGGAACGCUAUGAGAAGGCUCUGAAGGAGCUUGACCGUUGCAGUCCUCGCUACAUAGAAGAAAUGGAGUCUGUGUUUGAGGAGGGACAGGCUCUGGAGCAGAAACGGAUUGUCUUCCUCAAAAGUGCCUUCCUCGCCCUGCAUCGGCGUCUUGACAUGUCUGCAGAUUCCAGUAUCCAAGCUGUUUAUAGUGACUUGCAUCAGGCCAUUGAGGAGAUAAAUGACCAAGAGGAUCUUAAGUGGUGGCAUAACCGACAUGGCCCAGGAAUGCCUAUGAACUGGCCAAAAUUUGAGGAUUGGAGUCCUGAUCACGAGUCCCCACAACUGAAGGUCAAGAAAGCAAAAGAACUAGAGAAAGUGACACUCUGCAACAUCUCCUCUAUCAAGAGCUGUCCAGCACCUGCACCAAUACAAGGCCAGCGGGUUCGUGCCGUGUACGAUUAUAUUGGUCAGGAAGCAGAUGAGCUAAGUUUCAAAGCAGGAGAGCUUCUCACCAAAUUGGAAGAUGAGGAUGAACAAGGCUGGUGCAAAGGAGUGACUGACAUUGGACGCGUGGGCCUCUACCCUGCCAACUAUGUGGAACCCAUACAGGGCUAGAUAGAAUGGGCAAAAAACGAGGGGGGGGCUUAAAUCAGUAAAAUUACAUCGAUGUAUAGUUUGCAUUUCUGAGAUCACAUUAUCCAAGAUAGAAUGAUGCAAAAUUCAGUUUCUUCAGAGAUCCAGUUGCAAGUUCCUAGACUAUGGAGGUGCGAAGUUCACCCCGAAAACUGUGUGGGAAAUGCUAGUGAAAUCUCAGAAGCUGCAAUGGGUUGGUGGGUGGGUUCACGUGAAACCUCACAUGGGUGGUUCUGGCUUCUGCAUUCAGCAUAGCUUUUUGUCCCUCCCUUUAGUUGUAGAAUAAAUGAAUUGCAAAGC